AUGGCAUCUUACACCGUGGUCAUCGUCCCUCUCAGGAACAGUCCUACCAGUCUGGAUGCGUUGCGUUUCUUCCUCUGGGUCAAGAAGCUGAAGGACUUGGAGAGGGAAAAGGAUCUUCUGUGGAUGGGAUUGCAGGCUUUAGAGCAGGUGCGAGAGAAGUUAUGUUCUAACCUAGAUAAUGACGCGGAAGUGCCAGACAAAUUCAGCAAAGGAGAGAUGAAAAAAGUGUUUCCAGACACCCCCACCCUUUUAUUGGCUCAGAUUAACCGAGUGAACAGGACCUUGAAGAAUCUUUUGUGA